UUUACAGGUGACACGAAAACAAUUCGUGUAAAUCGUGGAUUGGAUUUUGAAUCUUUGAAGAAAAAAAUUCAUGUGAAGUUGAAAUUGCAUCAUAACCAAAUUGUUUCCAGCAUUACUUGCAGAUAUUUGCAUUGUGUGAAUCCUGUUUUUUAUCUAGCUGCAGAAAUUGGUGACGAUGAAGAUGUUGCAUGCAUGUUUGAUAAUUUUCAACAGCAAAGUCAUAUGAGUAUGAUAGAAUUAUAUAUUGUUGUUGAUAUUGUUAGCACAUCUUCUUUUUCGUUACAAGAAAUAACUACAGCAGAAGAAGCACGUCAACCUCCAGUUUUGACACAGUCAAAUAUAAUGAGUAGUGACCAUGAGUUUGAGCAAACAAUUUCGCCACCAACAAAUCAUCCUGAUUCAAACGUUGAUUUUGCAACAAACUUAAGUGACGAUGAUGAUAUGAAUGUUGAAGAAGAUGAUGAAAUUGCACAUGAUAGUUCAUCUGACGAAUGUAACAUUGAGCCUCCCAUAAUGAACGAAUCAGGUCCAUCACAACCUCCAUUUUGGAACAAUACUCCACAUUAUAGUUACAUCGAUUGGUCUCAUCCAGAUCAAGAAAUGUGGUAUGGUGGAUUAGAUGUUCCCAAUUCUUGGCGCGUUGGAGAUGAGUUGUAUGUUGGGCUACGUUUUCAUACAAAAGCUGAUGUCCAAAUGGCUGUUAAACACUACUCUAUGAAUGCUCAUCAGACAUUUGUAGUUCUUGAGUCUGGAUUAAAGGUUUUGUCUGUACGAUGCCCUAAUAGUAAUGAAGGUUGCCCUUGGAAACUAAGGGCUAGUAUGUCAACAAAGUACAAUAACAAGUGGGUCAUAAAGAAAUGGGGUGGUCGACACACAUGUAUUAAUGCAAUAUUGUCUCAAGAUCACAACAAAUUGGACUCAGAAUUCAUUUGCUCUUGCAUAUUAGGAAUGGUUAGGGAAGAUGCUUCCGUGUCAACAUCCUUAAUUCAAGAAAGAAUAAGUGGACAAUUUAAUUAUAAGGUGGUUGGAUAG